CCGGACGAGCAUCAUUGUUCCCCCGGAGUUGUGUGGGCCGUUUGUUAUGGGGGUCAUGCUUCUGUUGUCGCUCCAUCAUUUACAGUCGGUUCUCCAUGCAGGAAAAGAAACCAACUACUUGAAGAAAACACUCGAGGAUAAGAUAAGAACACAGGAUGAUGACACUGAUUGACACCCUAUAGUCUUCAAUCCUGCCGGGAUCCACCAUGAGCAUCAUUCAGGACAAACUAGGCAAUGAAUACCUGCACUCCAACGGGGCAAUGGACUCCAAUUUCGGCCCGGGCAUGAUUAUGUUCAGCCACCUCCCCCCGGUGACCAGCUUCACCCGGCUGGCCGCCCACUCCGUCAUGCAGGACCUUCCGCCGCAUGAAAUGAUCUUGAAGAAGGAGCGCGACUCGCCCGACUGCAGCAUGGGCACCCAGGGUGGCCGCAUGGGGUGCGCAGGGGCUGGAGACUAUGUUCAUGCCAUGGGCAUCAAGCAGGAGAAGCUGACGGAGCAUGAUUACCGCCUGCCAGUUUACCCGGGAGGGCUCGGAAAGAGCACAGAGCUGCUGGAGGUGACUGUCAGCAACAACCAUAGCCUGCUGGGACACGACCUCAACAUGGGCAACCUGCCGAGUCAGUUAGGAAAAGAGCCCACUGGGAGGAAGGGUCGGAGGUCAAAUGGUGAUGGACAUGAGGGUAAACCAAGGAAAAAGAGAAGCGAGGCAAAGCAAUCAAUGAUGAUGGAAGAUGGGGGCAGCUUGUCACCGGGAACCAAGCCUCACAUCUGUGAGUUCUGUGCUGCAUCCUUCAGAAGCUCCUAUCACCUACGCAGACACGUCCUCAUACACACAGGUGAAAGACCCUUCAGAUGCAAUCAGUGCAACAUGAGUUUCAUUCAGAAGUAUCUCCUCCAGAGACACGAGAAAAUCCACAGUGGAGAGAAGCCAUUCAGCUGCGACCAGUGCAACAUGCGUUUCAUUCAGAAGUAUCACAUGGAGAGACACAAGAGGACACACAGCGGAGAGAAGCCGUACAGAUGUGAGACCUGCCAACAGUAUUUCUCUCGGACAGACCGUCUGCUUAAGCACAAGCGAACCUGUGGAGAGGCCAUAAAGAAGGGGCUGGAUCCCGGGAUGAUGGACAUGGGUUGUGUGGACAUGGGACAUGGCAGCUAUGGAAUCACUCAGGGAAAUGGUGGGAACACUGGGAGGAAGAGAGGGAAGUCCAAAAACUCUGGAGAGGGAGGGGAGCGCAAGAAGAAGAAGCAGCAGCAGCAGGGGGAUGGAGAGUGUGUAAGGGUACCACACGUUCAGGGGUUGGUGUCUGUGGGCUACAACAUCCAUGAAUUCUCCGUGGACAACCAAACGGUGUCUUCCUCUAACAAACCAGGGCCCAGCAUGCAGCAGCAGGGCCACCACGGCCGAGCCCCAAAGAUGGCGUUCAAGAAGGCCAAUCAUAAAAGCCUGGACAAGGUAGGAAUGGAUCAGGCCAAAGUAGGCUCAAUGGAGCAGAGUGGGGGCAUGGACGGUCUAGGUCUCAUGCAGGGUAAUGGGGUUAAAGUGGGACACACCAGCAGCAACUACGAUGACGCCAUGCAGUUCAUAAAGAAGAGACGCUACCUUCACGCCGCAAAUAACGUCAACUCAUCUGCACACGUGGGAGUCGGUGGAUCCAGCAAUGAGUUCGACGUCAACAUUGGUCACAUGUCUUCCCAGCAGUCGGUCAAUCAGGGUGUUGUUUCUGGUGUGAUGGACAAUGACCCUCCUCUGAGUCUUGAUAAAUCAGGGAUCCCGGAUGAGGUGCUCCAGAGCCUCCUUGACCACUACUCCCAGAAACCCGACGGUUCGCACCACGAUGUUCACUUUGACAUCGGUGACCAGCACGUGGAGUUGAACCCCGUCUCCGCUGAUGGCACAGAUAUCGGCCACCAUGCAGACACCCCCAGCCCGUCCGGAGACAAGACCGGCAUGAUGCACGAGUACUCCCGAUUCUUGCUGCAAGCUUUGGAGCGCACCAGCCACAGUGCCAGCUUCCCCAUGGGCCCCGUGACCUCCGUCUCAGGUUCUUUCAACAGUUCCCACCAGGGGAAUCCUCUGUACGCUGACAAGAACAUCUACGCUACGUCCCCGCUGGAGUGUGGGUUCGGCCAGUCAGUGGCCUCGCCUUCGCUGCCCUCCACUGUGCCAAAGUCUCACUUUGCGAUGCUGACCAGCUCCUCACCACAGCACGGCUUCCACUUGAGCAGCCUAGAGGCCUCCACACACCAGCAGCUCACCCCCUCUCAGGAGCUCACCGAGCAGAUGGAGAAGCAGCACUCCUCCACGCCCCCUUCCUCCUACCAGAUCAGCCCAUCAGACCUGAGCAGCCAGAAAGAGCAGGUCAAAAACGGCUCGGCGGUGUACCCUCUGGCCCCCUCGGAUCUGGCUUCUCUAGACUCCUCUAAGCCUUCCUAUCAGAUUGAAAACUUUGCUCAGGCCUUUGGCUCCCAGUUCAAGUCAGACAGCCGUGGUUUGUCUUAUGGCACUGACUCUGGCAGGGAGGUUGAUCACAGGACGCCUGUGUCUGAAUUCUCAGGGUAUACUAGUUUGUUAUCUGAUGUCAAUGAGCCAGUAUGUACAGGUUCCAAAACUACAACAAGCCAAAGCUACAGAUGAGAGCCUGAGAGGGAGAGAAUACUCAGUGUUUGUAGCUGGUGUUCUUAUUUUGAUUUUUUUUUAGCGCUCCUAUUUUAUUACUAUUAUUAUAAUUAUUAUAAUUAUUGUUAUUAUUUUUUUAAGUGACAUCUUUCUGUUUAGUUUCCUGAAGCUCUGUUGUUGUGCCCACUCCUCUCCCCCACAAUGAGCCUGCAAGGCUUUCUGCAAAUGCAAAACCUUUUUCAAGUAUCUGUUAUUUUUUAACUUAAGUAUGUAUGUACUGUUUCGUUCUCGUCAUUAUAGGGACUCUAGGUCAUUAAUCAUGAGCUGAAAGUAUGUUUUUAACUGAGCAUAGAGUAGCACCGGAGGUAUUUCUUUUCCAAGGAGCUGAAGUGUUUGAGCAAUCAACUUGACAGUUGUGAAAUAAUACUGACAAUAACCACGAUGGCAGGGAGUAGCCCAGAAUCAAAAUAGCAAAAAAAAAAAAAAAAAGUUGUCUGUUACAAGGUUGAAAGAAUUACUCAGGAAAAAGUGGAGAAGCCUACAGAGCGAGUUGAGCGCUCUUUUUCAGGAGUUUUGCGACUUCAAAGAGGAUUUUUCUUCUGUUUUAUUACUUGUUGAAUGAGUGUGACAUAAACAGACUGCUGCCAGCUCACUUGAGCACUGAAACACUUUCUACUUGGCUAUAUAGAGAUUACGGUACUUUCGUGUCAAUGUGAAACUCAUGUUUUCUUCAAUAAGGGCCAUAUAUAUCUAUAUAUAUAUUUAUAAGAAUAUAUAUUAAUGUAAAGAAACAGAUUUAAUCAGUUGAAGUAGAGGAAGAACGAGGGCUGGUGGGGGUAAAAUGUUGUCCUUGGUAUAUUUUUGGAGAACAAAAGUGAUGUUAGGGCUGUUCAUUGGCCAAUAGAGGUAGCUGUUGGACAGCGAUAGAAUGGCCUUCCCCUUCUCCCGCCCUCCUCUUCUUCCUCCGUUCUCUUAUUUCUUUAAAAGAAUCCAAUUAGCACUUUGAGCCGUUUUCUUACAUUGAGUCAAAGACCCCGUCUGAUCGACAGAGCUCUAGCAUCAGCAGUGGAGUGAGUUGUUGUUUGGGCAUACGCAGAUGGGGUGUCUGGGUGGAAAAAUAUUCUGGGUGUAUGAUCGGGGAUGCCCUUCGUUUGGGGUCGUACGGGAUGGCGGGAGGCGGGUGGGCGGGCGGGGUUGAUAUGUGAAAAUGGGAUUUUUAAUUAACAUUUUCUCUCUCAUCUUUAGGAAGGGUUUUUUUCGUGGGUGGGAGGGGGGUCUUUUAAAGUAACAUUUAAUCGGGUUAUUGUAAAUGUAAUUCAAACCCCUAGUUUUAGUUUGACUUGUUACCCAACUUAGUAGCUUUGCCUUUUUAUUAAAUUUGAUGACAAAUGUGUUAGUGAUCAAGUAUUUCUUCAGCUGUUUCCCAGGCAGCCACACACAUUUUGAGGGAAAAAGAUGGCUGACCCCAAAAUUUGUCUGCAGUCACAUCCUUCACUUGUGCUGGCAGUACUAAGCAUUAUAUUUGUCCCCAUGGAAAUUGGGUGCCUAUUUCUGAAAAAGCACGGGUUCAAGAUAUUGUCUAGUAAAUGUGAAGUGUAAUUUCUUGCUGGUUUUUAAUGUAUUUAUGCUGUACGUUCUCUUUUUUAGUAAAGACAACAAUAAUUGCGCUGUCUUCCAUAGCUACAGCUGGCCUUGAGCGCUGGAUUUGAUAUCACUCUGCUGAAUGAGUCUUUAAACCCCUUUACGCCCCGAUGGCCUGUUGUUGUAAGCAAUCAUUAAACAUGGCACAGUGAAUGCAAUGCUGUUAUAUCUUAAAUAAUAUGUUGCCAUGUUGAACGGUUUGAUCGUAAACAAGAAUUUGCCUCACAUAUACCUCAUAUCACAGUAAAGCAGGGACAAAGGAGUGGAGGUUUGCUGUAUGUAGCAGAGAUGCUGUUGUGUGUGAAAAACUGUCAUGUUUCAGUGGGACUAUUUUUACACAUUUGUGUUCAUGACAUUUCUGUGACCCAUCGAGACGUCGUUGCUGGAGGGUUUCUGUAAAUGUGUCAUGCCAUCCAGUGUUCAUUUUCCUCGGUUUGACCUCUUCUCUCUCUACACGUCUGAUUCCCCAGAUUGUUUCAAGAUGCUUUUUGUUUACAAGAGAAAUGUACAAAACACUACAUCUUACUUUCAUGAAUUCUAAGCCCAUGUAUAAAUUUUAUUUUAGUAUAUACCUUUUCCCUUUCUUUAUCACCGCCAAAUUUUUUUGUAGCAAAUGAUAUCUCCCAUUUUUAUGUUCUCUCUGGAUCUUGUGACAUGAGUCACACAAGACUGUGCUUGUCCAAUGAAUUUAAAACUGAUUAGGGAGAAAACAAUAAAAAAAAUUCUGUUAUCAA